AUGGAGACGCUCAGGGCUCUCUUCGUCGCGCCAGACCCCCAGGCCCAGUUCCGGAAAUGCAACGCACUCAUGCGCACCAACAUGCGCAAGCUUGACCGCGAGAUGGCGGCCUUCAAGGCGGCCGAGACCAAGACCAAGAACCUGAUCCUGGCGGCGGACAAGCGCGGGCAGCGCAACCCGGCGCAGCGCAAGCAGGCGGAGCGCGACGUGCGGUCGUUCGCACGCGAGCUGGUGCGCCAGCGCAAGGCCGCCGACCGCCUCGCCACGAGCAAGGCCCAGCUGGGCAGCGUGCAGCUGCAGGUCAACGAGGCGUUCGCGCUGCGCAAGAUCGAGGGCAGCAUCCGCGCCAGCGUCGGCGUCAUGAAGGACGUCAACGCCCUAGUGCGCCUACCCGAGCUGGCCGGCACCAUGCGCGACCUGAGCAUGGAGCUGAUGAAGGCCGGCAUCAUCGAGGAGAUGGUCGGUGAGACCCUGCCCGACGCCGACCUGCUGGAGGAGGACGAGGCCGAGGCCGAUUCCGAGGUCGACAAGGUCCUCGGCGAGAUCCUCAAGGACCGCAUGGCCAACACCGGUGCCCUCCCCAGCGUGCCACUGCCCCAGCAGCCUGUCGCCGCCCCCGCCAAGCCGCAGCAGCAGCAGCAAGAAGAGGAGGAGGAUGAGGACGACACCGAGGCCAUGAUGGACCAGAUGCGGAACCGGCUGGAGGCUCUCAGGAGUUAG